AUGAGUAACAUAUCUACAACCACCAUUGCUCCCAUCGUUGCCAAUCUAAACAUAGCUCGAGCAGGGAUUCAACGUUAUGGACAGCCAAUCUUAUUUUCAGUUGGAAUUCUUGGCUGUUUUCUCAACAUUCUCAUUUUUCUUCGGCCAUCGAUGAGACAGAAUUCCUGUGCCAUUUACUUUCAUGCCAGUUCAUGGGCAAAUCUGCUCUGUCUGUGUUGGGGUGUGUUGGCUAGUAUGCUCGCAUUCUUCACCGGUAACAAUCCAGCUUCAUACAAUGUUGUUUACUGCAGAAUACGCUUCUAUAUGAUUAAUUUUCCACAGUAUGCAAGUCGUGCAUUUGUUGUAUUAGCAUGUCUUGACCGUUUCCUUCUGUGUUCAACAUCCGUUCGUCAACGACAAUUUUGUCGAGCAAACGUGGCGAAAAGAAUGGUCCUUUUAGCAACUUUUGUUUGCGCAUGUUUACCAAUUUAUAUAUUGAUAACAUAUGGACCAGUGAAUAAGCUACGUCCAUGCAUGGUCACAACCGAUGUUGGCUACGUAUGGGAAGCAGUCACUGCGUAUAUGUGCACAUUCAUUAUUCCCACUGUAUCGAUGAGUAUAUUGAGCUGGUUAACUGUGAGACGUUUGCGACAAAGUGCCCAAAGAGUUGGACGUGAUAAGAUUACUGUGACUGGCAAAGACACUCAACUAAUCGGCAUGCUCAUUGCACAAGUGAUACUCUACUUUAUUACGAACAUGCCUUAUAUAAGUCUACUUCUCUAUGGAACCUUCACAGCCAAUGUUCUCGAUUCAAGUAAACCAACAUAUCGAGUUGCAGUCGAAAAUUUUGCAAGCACACUUCUUGCAAGUUUCUUUUACUACUGUUUCAACGGGUGGCCGUUUUUUGUUUACACACUCACUGCGCCAAGCUUUCGUCGUGAACUAUUCGUAAUACUUACACCACGCAUGCCACAUCAAACGUCGUCAAACACAAGACAACAAAACAUAGAUUAUAUUCACCGUAUUGCACCAAUGACCAACUGA